CUUGACACUAUUUGAGCUGUUGGCUAACAACAAUGAAGAGGAGGGGUAGAAAUUUAAACCGUGCUGUCGUAUUUUACUAAGCUUCUUCAAGUCAAGGGUCAAGAUGAACUGGACACUAUGGGAAUCAGUUGCUGGGGGCGUACUUUGGUCCUGAAACCUGGGAUGAACUGGCCAAGCUGAGUUGUAAUUUGCCCACCAUCACAACUGGAUGCAGAGAUCUCUUAUUUUGUUAGCUCCCAAGACUGCCUGUCUACGCCUACAAACUCCUCGAGCACUUGUUAGGAGUCAGCAACUCUUGAAAGCGUGUAGAUCCUUUCCUGUCUCUUCAUGCUUUGGACAUCAACUACCUCCACCCGUGUAUGUGCUUAAUUGUUCCAGGGCAAUCUGUACCUUGUCCAUAGUAUCCCAUAAUCACAGCCUCCUCCAAAACUAUCUUCCUCGGUAUUCUCCGCAUCGGUGUUUCUCCAACGAGCCAGAUAUGGCAGAGCAGAGGUUCCUUGUGGAAUACGCCAAACGUGGCACUGCAGGUUGUAAGAAAUGCAAGGACAAAAUCCAGAAGGGCAUAGUACGGAUAGGGAAGAUUGUGCCAAACCCUUUCAGUGAGUCUGCAGGGGAGAUGAAAGAGUGGUAUCAUGUGAAGUGCAUAUUUGAGAAGCUGGAGAGGGCAAGAGCCACCACGAAGAAGAUUGAGGACAUCACGGAUCUGGAAGGCUGGGAGGAGCUGCAGGAUGAAGACAAGGAUCUCAUUAACAAACAUGUUUCAGACCUAAUGGCCAAAGUCAAUGCAAGUCCAAAGAAGAAGGUGCAGGGCAAACUGAACACCACAGGCCAGCUGAUGGGUCCUCCUGCUGACCCAUCUGUCAACGCUCCACGCAAGUUUUCAGGCUUCACUGCUGCGAAGGCUGGCACCUCCAGCAGCUCAGGACCAUCAUCCUCUUCCCCCGCCAAAGCCAGCCAAGGCAGCGCUCUGUCCUCCCAGCUCUGUGACCCCCAGCACAAGGACUGCCUCUUCAGAGAGUUUCGCAAGCUCUGUGCUAUGGUGGCAGAAAACAACAGCUAUAAUGCCAAGACACAGAUUAUUGAGAAGUAUCUCAAGAAGGGCUCAGCUGGAGAUAAGUUCCACGGAGAUCUUUUCCUGACCGUGAAACUGCUCUUGCCAGGCGUCAUAAAAAGUGUCUACAACCUCAAUGACAAGCAGAUUGUAAAACUCUUCAGCCGCAUAUUCAGGUGUGACCAGGAUGCCAUGGUGCGCGAUCUGGAACAGGGCGAUGUAUCUGAGACAGUGAGGAUGUUCUUCGAGGAGAGUAAAUCAUUUCCUCCGGCUGCCAAGAGCCUACUGACCAUCCAGGAAGUGGACGCAUCCCUGACCCGCCUCGCCCAGCUGACCAAGGAGGAUGAGCAACAGACUGAGCUGGAAGAUAUUGCCAAAAAAUGCACCAGCAAUGACCUGAAAUGCAUCAUUCGACUUAUUAAGCAUGACUUGAAGAUGAAUGCCGGUGCAAAACAUGUCCUGGAUGCUGUGGAUCCAAAUGCUUAUGAUGCCUUUAAGGCCUCACGUAAUCUGGGUGAUGUGAUCGAACGGGUGUUGAGGAAUCAGCAGGAGGCGUCUAAUGGUUCAGGACCCAGGAAACUCCUCACUGUGGAGGCCUCUCUCAUGACCCCUGUUCAGCCUAUGUUGGCAGAGGCAUGUAAAUCCAUCGAGUACGCCAUGAAGAAAUGCCCCAACGGGAUGUACUCAGAGAUCAAGUACGAUGGAGAGCGUGUGCAGGUCCAUAAGAACGGAGACAACUUCAGCUACUUCAGCCGCAGCCUCAAACCAGUGUUACCACAUAAAGUGGCCCAUUUCAAAGAGUACAUCCCUCAGGCUUUUCCCGGAGGCAACAGUAUGAUACUGGACGCUGAAGUCCUCCUAAUUGACACAAAGACCAGUAAACCCCUGCCCUUUGGGACCUUGGGCGUACACAAGAAAGCAGCCUUUCAAGAUGCCAAAGUGUGCCUUUUUGUUUUCGACUGUAUCUACUUCAAUGGCGUGAGCCUCAUGGAGAGGCCGCUGCGUGAACGCAGGAAGUUCCUACAUGACAAUAUGGUGGAAGUCCCCAACAGGAUCUUGUUCUCAGAGAUGAAACAUGUCACUAGGGCAGCAGAUCUGGCUGAUAUGAUAACUCGUGUCAUCAGAGAGGGACUUGAGGGUCUGGUGCUAAAAGACAUAAAGGGCACCUAUGAACCAGGAAAACGCCACUGGCUGAAGGUGAAGAAAGACUAUUUGAAUGAAGGUGCGAUGGCAGACACAGCUGACCUGGUGGUGCUGGGGGCCUUCUACGGAAAAGGCUCAAACGGGGGCAUCAUGUCCAGUUUUCUGAUGGGUUGUUAUGACCCAGACUCUAAGAAAUGGUGCACAGUCACCAAGUGCUCUGGAGGCUACGAUGACGCCACCCUGGCCAGGCUCCAGAAGGAGCUGGAUGUGAUCAAAAUCAGCAAGGAUCCAAGCAAAAUCCCAGGCUGGUUGAAAAUCAUCAAGAACUAUUAUCCAGAUUUCAUCAUCCGCGAUCCUGAGCAAGCACCUGUCUGGGAGAUCACAGGUGCAGAGUUUUCCAAAUCAGAAAUGCACACUGCUGAUGGCAUCUCUAUCCGCUUUCCCCGCAUGACGCGCAUCCGUGAUGACAAGGACUGGAAGACUGCCACCAACUUGCACCAGCUUAAAGAGCUGUUUCGCAUAUCAAAGGAGAACUGUGACUUUAAAGUGACAGCCGGACCGUCUACAUCUAAUGAUGACAAGGGCUCAUCAGGAGGGGACAGCGGAGGAAACUCCCCACCGUCCUCAUCCCACAGAGGUCCUCCUCCCAAGAAGACCAGCAACAGCGCUCCACCUAAACCGAAGGUGGUGAAAUCUCAGCCUCGCACCCCUGGCUCGGAAGCACCAGUUGCCAAGAAGGCGAAGAAGAGUGAAAGUGUUCAGAGCAACGGACAAACCAAAACAAAGGCAACCUCGCAACUGCUGGAGCCAAGAAAUGACAAGACUCUGCUGGACAUCUUCAGCGGGGUGAAGCUUUUCCUGCCCGUCUCAGUGCAGGACUUUGACAAACUGAGGCGCUACUUUGUGGCGUAUGACGGAGACCUCGUCCCGGACUAUGACACCGCCUCAGCCACACAUACUCUGGCUGAACCUGAAGAGAACAGCCAGGCCCAGAAGGUCACACCCAGCUGGAUCUGGGAGUGUAUCCGCAAGAGACGCGUUGUACCUCCCUGUUAAUAAGAAGAAAAAAGAACACUGCACAUUUUAUACACUGCGUUUACCUGUAAUGCACAUCAGUGUCACUUAAAUGAUAACUCUGGUAGUUUUGAACCUGAUAUUGAUAUGAACCAAAAUGUUUGGAAUCAGUGCAGGAAUGAGCAGCUGCUGCAGUGUAAUCCACUGGGCAAAAGUACAUGUCAAAGUACAUGCACUGAAGUGCUUGUUUUUGCCACUGACAGAUUGUUGCUCAGAUUGUUAUUAUAAGUGUCUGAGAACAUAAUGGAUAGGAUUCCUACAGAGACAGACCUUUUCAGUAAAGAAUAAGAUCCUGUGCACAACCACACUCCAUUGACAAAAACAGUAAUUUUACUAAGCAGAACACAGGAGCUGACAGAAUACCACUGCCUCGACUGGUUUGUUUGUGUCAUUAUGUGACUUUCAGUGGUGGGAGAAGUAUUGUGUUAUUAUGUGGUGCUUUUACAUAAGUACAGGUACCACAUAAAUAGAAGUACCACACAAUAAUACAAACAUAAACAAACUAACCGAUCAAAGCAGUGAUAUUCCAGUAACAGAACAAUGAAGCCUGGUAGUGAUACAUAGAGACGUUUCUGGUAAAACAAAAAGGAUCUUACUCUUUAAUAAAAAGGUCUGUCUCUGUAGGGAUCCUGUCCAUAAUGUUGGCAGACACUUGUAAUAACAACCUGAAGCCUGUCAGUGGGAAAAACAAGCACUUUAUUCAGUGUACUCUGACAGACACAUGCACCAUUUGUUUAUAUUGCAGCAGCUCACUGCAGCUACUUUACUGAUUCCAAAGAUAUUUGUCUCCAUCAAUCAUUUACACUCUAAACAUGGCAAAAUAAAGGUUUAAAAAUAUCAGAGUUACCCUUUAAAUCCAUGUUAAACCACAUGAGCAGGGUUGAUCUUUCUGCUUUGGGGACAUUACUGUGACAUCAGACACUGUCCAUGGGUUCACUUACCCACAGUGAUUUCUAUUUAUUCUUUUCAAGCCCUUUGUGUUUUGAACAUUUGCAAACCAGCAGGGGCCACAUACAGCAUUCAUUUACUUGCAGAGUUUCAGUUUUUGAAUGCUGGUGAUAGAUGUAGAGUUUUCUAAGAAAAUUCACUGAGACGCGGUUAAAUCAGCCACACGAAUAGAGUGCAGUCCUGAAAAGCUUUUUAAAAAGAGAUCAUGUAACAAAUCACAGAACGAACUUGGAAAUGAAUAUGCAAUUGAAGUAAAAUAAUGGGUUUCAACAACAUGAAUGAUUUUUACUGUGACAGGGAAACAUUUGUAAGGUAUUAAACCCCAGCUCAUGAACUAGGAACAACCAGACUGGUGGGCCACUGAAUAAACAACGUACUGAUAAAGAUAAUAAAAAUGCCUUGGUAACAUCAUUCUAAUGCUAUUUAUAUCCUUCAAUUUGCACUGCAGCUACUUGCAGUAAAAGCAGCCAUAUUACAAAUAGGACGUUAAUGGAUUUCUGAUGACAUAACCACUGCCCUGCCAAACUACUGCCUUCCUGUCUGAGAUAAGGAAAAAAAACAUUUUCCUAAAUAAACAUUUUGGAGAGUGCUGUUCAUGUUCUCAAAUUUGCCAACAUCAUAUGAGAGGAAUUAGUUGUUUUAAAAGGCUUCCUCCUCCUAAACCAAAUACAUUUCACUCUGAUUCUAAAUCAUGAGACUGUACAAUCCGAUGAGAUGCUGAGAGGGUUUUUUACUGCAGCUUCCUGCAUCUGAAUGGCUUUCAAGGAUAAUUCAGAUUUGCUUCUUUAUCCCUGGGAUACUUUAGGCUAUGAGGUGGCUUAAUUAAAUGUUUGAAUGUAUUAAAGCUCUGAUGGAGCAAAAUCCACAUGAACCUGCUCUGUUUCCCCGAAAAGAUACACUGGAGAAAGAACUCCUUUGCCUCCAUAUUCCUCCCUCCCAGGCUAAAAUAUUAAUACUGCAGUCGAUGACUGACAGAGCAUCUCAAAGGAAUAUACUUCCAGUGUCACGAGCUAAAUGGAUAUAUUUUGUAGCAAUGAUCCUUUUAAUUGGCAUUAAGUUAAGCAAUUAUUCAAAUGAUCAAAUAUUUGCAUUCUGCUUCAAAGACACAUUUUCUUGCAAAUCUGGUCCAGACACUUUCACUAACCUUUGGUCGGACAUUUUGGCAGAGGUUUAUAUUUGGCUCUCGUCAGGAAUCAGUCUCAUCCAGUUUUCUCUUUCCCAAGGAGGGUCCUCCUUUAGAUCGACUCCACCACUGCAAGUCAAACUCUUCUUUGAUGUGACAAGGCUAGAAGUGGAGCAGACGACAGGGUUGAUUUAGAACUACUUUCCAAAAAAACUCUGAAAUAUAAAACAUUAAUUUUGGCUAUGUUCAUUUUGAAAGCACUCAUUUCAUUUCAACUGAUGGACCAACUCCAAAAUAUAUAAUUAAUGCAACUGUAGGGAGGAAAAAAUACAAAAGUUUCAUCAAUUUCCUUCCACUCACUAUUAGUCAAUUAAUGUGUUUGCCAUUCUGUAGGUUGGAGUUUGAGGUGAGUUUUGACCUCUUGAGGGGUUACAGGCUUUUCAUUCAGACACUCUGGUGCUUUCACUAACGUUUCUGUUGGUCUGUGCUGUUUUUGAACAUACAUGUAAUUUUAUUAAUGCAAAAUAAAACAAAAGUGUAAUUGGAAAAUUACAACAAACCCAUGAAUCACUUAAUCAAACCUGCCACACAACUUAGGCUCAUAUAUUAUUACUUUAGUCGAGGAAACGAAUGUGUGUUGGAAAGUCUUCGAGGGUUUUUGUGUAUUGUUUUGUAUAUUUCCAUGCAAAUGUUGGUUUGUGUGGUACAGAAAUCAGUUUGAAGACGUUUUGAGUUGUGUAAUUCAUAAAGUGAACACCAAUACUGGAUUAAUAUUACUACAAAUGACAAAAAUGAAUGCAUACUUCAUGUUCACUAUGAUAGAUUACACAAUUUAAGGAAGUUUCAAGAGGCUAAUACUGUAUUUUUAUAGUGAAUGAAAAUAAAUUUGAAUCCAAUAAACGCCUCUGCUUCUGACUGCA